CGAGACCCUCCGCCUCCUGCAGCGCGCGGCUGUCGCCGUCGCCUCUGGGGAGGUUCUGAGGGGGGGGGGUGGAGGAGCCGGAACUGGUGAGAUGAAAAGUUGUUUUUUGUGACAUAUUUAUCACGCGGAUGAGAUACAAGUCAGUAAGCCAGCCAGGAGCUCAUGUCAUCAGGAACACCAACAGAAAGCACCAUGCCCCCUGAUGCGCCUGAGCUGGAAGCAGAGGUGAAGUUGUGUGAGAGGCAAGUAGAAAGACGGGAGGAAGGCACAGGCAAAGCAGAACGCCUUGAGCCCAUGUCCAAGAGGCAAAGGAAGAAACUACUGAAGCAAAAACACUGGGAAGAACAGAAGGAUCUCCGAAGGCAGAAACGAAAAGAAAAACGCCAGAAGAGAAAAUUAGAACGUCAGUCAAAAUCAGACACCAGUAAUGAAGGGAAUGACAGAAAGCGUAUGCGAAGGGAAGUUGUUCCCAGCACGCUUCGCCUCGUUGUGGACUGCAGCUUUGAUGACUUGAUGGUGCUAAAGCUUCUGGCUCAUGGUAAAGCAUUUUGUGGUGGUCUGUCUGAAGGACUAUGUAAAAACAAAAACAAAUUGUGUUGUAUACAGGAUGUUAAGAAGCUUCACAAGCAAAUUCAGAGAUGUUAUGCAGAAAAUCGCAAAGCAUUCCAUCCUGUGCAGUUCUACUUGACCAGCCAUGGGGGACAGCUGAAGAGCAAUAUGAAUGAAAAUGACAAAGGAUGGGUCAACUGGAAGGAUAUCCAAAUUAGAACAGAGCACUACAGUGAGCUAAUAAAGAAAGAAGACCUAGUGUACCUCACCUCAGAUUCCCCAGACGUUCUUGGUGAGCUUGACGAGAGGAAGGCUUAUGUGAUUGGAGGACUGGUGGAUCAUAAUCACCACAAGGGAAUUACUUACAAAAAAGCUGUAGAGCAAGGAAUCGGUCACGCACAGCUCCCUCUGGGAAGCUUUGUGAAGAUGAACAGUCGGAAAGUGUUAGCAGUCAAUCAUGUGUUUGAAAUCAUCCUUGCGUACCUGGAGAAGAGAGACUGGAAGGAGGCCUUUUUCAGUGUCUUGCCACAGCGGAAGGGGGCAGUUCCAUUGGGAGAAGCCAGUGAUUCAUCCCAACGUGCCCUAUGUGAGAAAGAAGGUGAAGACAAGGACUCAGACAGCAAUUAGCCUGCAGAAUAAGAAGAUGGGAAAGAUGAGACAUGGAGUUUGUGGGAUAACACUGAGACAUGAAGCAGUUAAGCUCUGAAGAUCAUCUGCUGCCCUUGUGAUACUUAUGUCUCAAUGCUUGGUAGCUUCAGAGUUGGGUCAAAGUUGUUCUUGGACAGAAAGGGUAAAAACAAAUGCAGUUUUUAUCCUGAAACUUCUAUAUUAAUAGCUUUAAAAAAUAAAUGAAUAGCAAAUGCAGAAUUUAUUUUGUUUACCAAGGAAGCUAUGUUAUUUAUGUGGUUUUUGUUUUUUUAAUAAUUGCUUGGAUUUACUACCCAAAAUACUGAAUCACUGUUUUAAUGUGUGCAUUCAUCUCUGUUUCAGUUCUAAGCAAUGAAUCCUGUGGCCUCAAAACCUGUAUCACUAGUGCCUGUUGCAAGGCAUUCAUUUAAAAACAGAAAUAACUCUGAUUUUCCUGAGCAUCUCAACAGACAGUCACAAGCAACUGGGCUGCCUUUAUCAGCUGAACCACUCCCAUUAUUCCCCCUGAUUUUUAGUUAGUUGUGGUCAGAGGAGGAAAUACAAGUGUGGGGUCAAGGCAUUGCUUAAUGCUUCAGUUUGAGUAAAUGGGGGUCUGUGUACAUGCAAAGCAUGUGCCUUGGCUGGGAUGUGAUACGUUUGUUGGUACGUGUGCAGUGAGUUUAGGUGGCAGUAUACCUGGGCUUUUUUGGUUGUUUGUUUUGUUGGUUUUUUUCCCCAUUCUAUUAACUGUGUUGUCUGUCAAGUGCUUUGCUUUUUUUUUUUCCCUUUUAAAAACCAUAGUUUCUGUCUUGAAGCUGCCAAUCAGUUUGUGCUUUUUCCAAGUUCAGAAAUGGACACUUCAGAGGUGUGGCUUUGCUUCUCACCUGUGAGAAUGUGCCCCAUUCCCUAGCUUUGUAGGGCCUGUCCAAGUAGCUGCUGGGGCAUUUUGGAAUGUGAAAAAGUAUGGCUCUCACACUGAUUGCUGAAGAGCUAAAACCCACCUUACUGUGACUGCUCAUCUCUGCUGACCUGGAAUCAGAGGAGAUGGAAAUGUGACUUUGUAUCUGUAUUCUUUCCUCUGUUACUGCUUUUUAAUUGACAAUGGAAGUGGGAUUCCAGCAGUCUUUGUGGUCCCAAAAGGGUUGGCAGCAAACUGGUCAUUAGUUCCUAAACCUCUCCCUAUAUUUCUAAAAUAUCCGCAGAAAAAGUUUCUUCUUUCAAAAUAGCUUUUUUUUUUCCUGAAGUAGUUCUUGGUUUAGUUUUGUUAGACUACGUAAAAACAUUCUUUUGUUCCAGCAAGAUUAGCUUCUUCAUAAAAGCACUGCUGGUAUUGUGUCUAACAAGAGCAGUGUAAGUAUGCCCACUAUUUAUUACACUGAGUUUUGACAAAAAUUUGUAUAACAGUCAAAUUGCAAGGAGGUACAUCUUUACAGCUGAGGCACUGAAUGUGAGUGUACAUAGCACCCAUCAAACCUGCUAUAAGAUGCUUCAGUCUCUUGAAGGUUUUUUUUAAUCACAGAAUGGCCAGGGUUGGAAGGGACCUCGAGGAUCAUGAACCUCCAACCCCCCUGCCACAUGCAGGGCCACCAACUUCCCCAUUUAAUACUAGACCAGGCUGCCCAGGGCCCCAUCCAGUCUGGCCUUGAACACCUCCAGGGACGGGGCAUCCAUAACCUCUCUGGGCAGCCUGUUCCAGCACCUCACCACUCACUCAGUAAGGAAUUUCCCCAACAUCCAACCUAAAUCUUCCCUCCCUCAACUUAAAACCAUUUCCCCUUGUUGUGCAGGUAUCAACCCUUUAAAAGAGUUGAUUCCCCUCCUCUUUGUAGGCUCCCUUUAGGCACUGAAAUGGUGCAACGCGGUCACCCUGCAGCCUUUUCUCCAGGCUGAACAAGCCCAGCUCCCUCAGCCUCUCUUUGUACGGGAGGUGCUGCAGGCCCCCGAUAAUCUUCGUGGCUCUCUUCUGGACUCUCUCCAACAGCUGUUCUUUUUGUACUGGGGGCUCCAUGCUUGGACUCAGUAUUCCAGAUACUGGGGGGGUCUCACGAGAGUAGGAUAGAGAGGGACAAUCACCUCCCUAUCCCUGCUGGCCACCCCUCUUUUGAUGGGGCUCAGGAUACCAUUUGCCUUCCGAGCCACAAGGGCACGCUGCUGGUUCAUGCACACUGUGGGCUCAUAGAUUUUAAGACUUACAUGUGUGCCUCAUUUAGGAGAUAAGCUGGGGACUUUAGAGACACUUGAACAGGUCCAGUGGCACUUUAUGAAAUUAUUCUGGUGACAAAGCAUUUUAGUUUCAUGAAGGAAUUGUAUUACAGCCUAAAAGACAGCCUGUCUUGCAUAUGCAGCAGUGAAAUCAGAAAAAUGCACAUUUUUAAAUCAAGCUGUUGCGAGUCUGGAGCUUUCCUACCUGUGGAUAAAUCCAGACCAUAUUCCUGUCCUAGCUUUAAUCUACAGGAUGUAUGAAUGACUGCAAGAUUUGAGUGAUGCCUACCUGCAGUGUUUCCAACAGAUUUGGAGUAAGUACCUGCAGCUUAGAGGUCCAGUAUCCCACUUAAUUCAACAGACAGUAGUUGCCUGUGGUACUGACAAGCAAAGAAAGCACGUAGCCAGACUGAUUGACACAAAGCAGGUGAAAGUUGUGAGCUUGUGAGAGACCUGGGCAAUGAUUGCCAGCAAGUUCUAAAGUCAGUGGGAUUUAUAUGGUCUUACAAAACAAAGAAGCACUGUCUGGAAGUGUCUCUUGGCUCCUGGUUCCUGUUUUCUAACACAUUUAACUUCAAAUUAGGAAAAGUCUAUCAUGUUGCUUUUGUAAAACUUCAAGUGUUGCUCCGUAAUAUUAUAGUAGUGAUAUUAUGACCAAUUGCUGGGUGUUCAUUCAUGUUGUCUAAAUCACUUUGGUCUUUGUGUCCUUUCUAGUGCCUUUGCCAGUAAUUUCUGUUGCUGUUGUUUACUUUUUCUCUGAUCAUGCUAACCUCACUGGUCAUACUAUGCUGAAGUCUGUGCAUCUUGUCAUGCACCGUCUCUACAAGAUGCUGUCCUCAGGUUGUGUUAACUGCUAGUUAACUGUAGAUGGAGCAGUAAGGACUUGUACUUCUUGUGAGGUAAUGAACUGGGCGAGAUUUUCUUCCUGAGCUUGGACAAAAUUAUCAACAAAAUGAUUGCAGCACAAAAGCGGGGAGACCUGUAGCUCCUGCUAUGAUGCAUCCACUCAACAGACAGACCAGGAAUGUCGUCCUCCUGUCUCUCUAGUAUCUUUUUGCUUUGUGGAAGUGUGGAAAGAUAGGACGGCCAUUUGUUGACAUCCCUGGGAGAAGCAUCCCGAGUAGCGUUGGCCUUGUCCUGUAUUUCACUCGGAUGUGUACGUUGUCCUUCUUAUAUUUUCCAGUUUCCCUGGACGUUUGACUGCCCCUGUGAAAAAGAGCACGGGCUUCCCAAGUAGUGCAUCUUACUACCUUGUCGCUCUGCAGUGGUGGGUG